AUGAAGAAGAAGAAAACAGUUCACGACAAUGGAGAUCGGACUAAUAACAAUAUCACUCCAGAGACCUGCAAAGAUAAGCAAACAUUCAGCAAUGCAAAGCAGCUGUUUGAUCGUGUGACUAUUGCUGUGGAACCGCCAGAUCACAUUGUUGCUAACGAGUUGGGCAAUGAAGACAUUACUGUGGAAAAGAUGGAAAAGAAAAGAAAAGAACUUAAGGACUUUUUCGAUUGCAGGUAUGGAACUAUUACAGAACAUCCUUGGCGAAUCUUCAAAUUUCCUAUUCACUAUCGAUCAACUGCUGUUGAAAAGCUUAGUUUUCAUCUACCAGGACAACAAGUGGUUACUUUUAAAGGAAAGGACAAGCUGAAAGUAGUGAUCAGUCGUAAGCUCAUUGAAAAGACAAUGUUCUUGGCAUGGUUCGAGUUGAAUAAAAUCGAUGAGUUUGCAAGAACACUAACUUAUGCCCAGAUUCCUAUCUACUAUAUCUUUGACAAAAGGUCUAAGAAGUGGAAGAAGCGGAAAAGAGGUUUCUGUUUAGGAAGAAUAAAUUAUGCUCCUCGGAUACAGGAAGCAGCUUAUUUCUUGCGCAUAUUGUUGAACAUUGUCAGAGGGCCUACCAGUUAUGAUGACAUUAAGACCUACGAGGGAGUUCUCUAUCCUGAAUACAACGAUGUAUGUUUUGCUCGUGGAUUAUUAGAUGAUGAUCAGGAGUACAUUGAUGAUCUUGUAAGGAGAAGCUAUGAAUGCUCUGAAAGUGAUCUACGACAAGUGUUUGUUAUUAUGCUUAUGAGUAACACUCUGUCUCUUCCAGAGGUCGUAUGGGAAAACACGUGGCAGCAUUUGUCUGAAGAUAUAGAGCAUAAUAGAAGGAAAUAUUUGAAUAGACCAGGACUGGUGUUGAGCGACAAUGACAAAAAAAAGUAUGCCUUACUAGAGAUUGAGAAACUGUUGAGGCGUAACGGUACGUCUCUACCAAGAUUAACGAAGAACCCAAAGCUGCCAAAGACAAGUACGCAAGAUUUUAAUGUCUUGAUAGUAGAUGAGCGCAGCUAUGAUCGAAAAACAUUGUUAGAGACUCUUGAUAGAGAUGUUCCGAAAAUGACAGAUGAGCAAAAGGAAAUUUAUGAUCAGAUUCUUGUUGCUGUGAAUCAAGGAAAUGGUGGAAUGUUUUUUGUUUAUGGAUUUGGUGGAACUGGGAAAACUUUUCUCUGGAAGUUACUUUCUGCGGCUAUUAGAUGCCAAGGAGAUAUUGUUCUAAACGUUGCAUCAAGUGGCAUUGCUUCUUUGUUACUACCAGGAGGUAGGACUGCUCAUUCAAGAUUUGGUAUCCCAUUAAAUCCAGACGAGUUUUCAUCAUGUACUAUGCAGCCUGGAACUGAUCAAGCUGAUUUAGUCAAAGAAUCAUCACUCAUUAUAUGGGACGAAGCGCCAAUGAUGGGCAAACAUAGUUUUGAAGCUUUGGAUAGGAGCUUAUCUGAUAUAGUUGGGAAGCAUGCGAACCAGCCGUUUGGUGGAAAAGUUAUUGUCUUCGGGGGUGACUUUAGGCAGGUUCUUCCUGUUAUAAAUGGAGCUGGUAGGGCUGAGAUCGUUUUGGCUUCUCUGGAUUCGUCAUAUCUUUGGGAGCACUGCAAAGUUCUGAAGCUCACCAUGAACAUGCGUUUGUGA